AUUUAGUAUUUACAAUAAUUUACAUUGGUGAACCGUGAAAUAAAAAAUUACACUUUGAUGAUUGUUCAUUGUAGUUUUAAUUUGAUUGCUAGAAUUAAAUUAAACAUAUUAAAAUGCCCUUGUUUCUGAGUCAUUGCAAGUAUUUCUAGUUUUAUCAAUUUCUAAUUAUUGAAAUCAAUCAUGAGAUACAACAAACAAGAACUGAUUUCAUUGGCUUCACAGACAUCGCAAAACUUUGAUCGAGAAGGUGUUAUGGUAAUGAAAGAGAAGCUGGAUGGGUUUUUUCGUAGGACUGAAGGGUGUGCAAUGAGAUGGUUUCGUUUAAGAGGCAACCUUUUAUUUUAUUUAAAAGGUGCGGAACCGUGGUGUGAGCCCGUUGGUGUCAUUAUAUUGGGUAAUCAUAACAUCAAAACACAUAAUCAAGAUGAAAAUGGAUACUGGCCAUUUCAUAUUGUAUGGGAAAAUGGUGUUUGCUAUAGAUUAGCAACUUUUCAUGAAUCUGAACGCACUCUCUGGAUAAAAGCUUUACAGAUGGCACCUUAUGAUUUUAUAAGCUCCCAAAUAGUUGAUUUAAAAGAAAAAUUAAAUAGAAUGAGGCCAGUUGUAGAUGUGACUUGCUAUAGAGCACAAAAAUCAAUAUCAAUAGAUAUGAAUGAAAUUCCUUUGUGUGAAUUAGCCUUGUCUUGUGAUAACUUGUUAUGUGAUGCCUAUGGAAAACCACCUUCACCACUUGUUGUCAUAUAUAUUUGUUUCUCCAAAGAGCUAUGUGUAAAAUAUGGAUCUACAGAGGUUAUCCAAUCCUGCAGUAAUCCCUGUUUUUCAAAAACCAUAUUAUUUAGAGGAAAUGAUGGUCUAUCAAAUAAUAAUAUUGUGCGUAUAGUUGUUUAUGAUGUCAAGGAGUGUGUAUCAGAAACUGUGGUACCAAUAGGAUAUACAACAUUGCAGUUUAGUACAUUACAGGAAUCUCAAAAACUCAGAGUAGCCAUUAAGACUCGGGGUGAUAAAACUGUUGGAUUUAUUACCAUGAAUGGUUGGAGUCUGGAGCCAGCUUGUACAGGAAACAGUCCUUGUCACACAAAUGAUAAAAAUUGUUUGGAAAUUCCUCAAAAAGUGCAGUGCCAUAGAAGAUCUCAAUCUUUACCACCAAGAUUGGGGCUUAAGUUGAAGUUUCCAUCAUAUGGAAGCUUGCUAAAACAAAAUUUUGUAAAUAGUCACCAAGUGACAUAUAGAUUUCAUUCAGGGUUGGGUGGCGAUAUAAAUGUUCACGAAAUCAUGGCUGAAUCAAAAUUGUGCUACCAAAUACCAUUGCACCUACUUGAUGUCUACAUACACAGGGAACGACAAUUACUAGAUGAGUUGUUAUCAGUGGGGACAAUAAGUGGUCACUGGCAAAACAAGCAAUUAGAUCUUGCCACAAUCCAUGUGUCACUACUGAAACACUAUUCCCAUUUAAAAAGAUGUUUACAACAAGCUGAGCAUGCUUAUUUUAAAGCUAGCUGCAAGAAAGAUGACUCCAGUUUAGAAUUUGCACCAGUUAAUUUACAUUUACAAAGAAUGUGGGUGCAUAAUGAUACUCUUAACAAAACUGGCUUUCAUGAUAUUAUAACUGUUGGGGCAUUUGCUGCUCACUCACAUAAAUCAGAGAGAACUGGUGGUCUUAUAAGAUUAGUUCAACAAGUAAAGGAUAUGAAUACAUUGAAUUCAGUGGCAGAAAAUCGAAUUCAAGCAGAAUAUGACAAUGUUGUCGCGUUGAGAAUGUUAAGAGAUGAAAUCGUUUUAGACCUGGAUCGGAUUAUAGUCCUCAUUCAAGCAAAGCAGUGCAUUGAAGUACAACAUAUAUGUGAAGUUAUUAAAAAAAAAACUAAAAGUUUGCUUUCUCUUUGGGAACCUGGAGUUAUAGAAGAAUCGUUGGCAAUCAUAGGUUGGCCUAGAAAUAAUGUCGAUGGAAAAGAAUGUCAGACAUUGCCGACGAUAAUGCAACUAACAGAUCAAGUGAGCAUGUUUGAUACAAACUUGGACUACGACACAUAUGAAGCAUCAUCUAGCUCUAGUUCUAAAGAGACAUCUCCAACAGUGGAGUGCACCUCGUUGUCAUCAAGUGUACCAAAUGUGUCACAAAAUAAGUUCUCAAAAGCACAGGACAUUAAAAAUCUAAUCGAGACAUCUGAUUUGCAUUUUCAUAAUGAUUAUUUUAACAGUGAAGAACGUAAUAAAUUGAAUCAUUCAUUUCGAUCUGUGCGAUCACCCGUUAAGUCGAAGUUCAGUGAUAUAUCUUGCUUAUCGUUCGAUUCGAAUCGGCCGCGACAUGGAAGCUUGAGGCACGAUUCCAAGAGUUCAACAACUUCAGAGCAUGUUUCAUAUAGAUGCCUAAUGGAAAGUUUUACUGGUGCUGAUAAGAAAAAGGGAAAUAUAAAAAACGAUGUGUCACCUUUGCCUGAUAUGGGUCAAGUUGAUUCAAGUACGAGAGAGAAAUACUUGGCUUAUCUCAAAAGUGUUAGUAAAGGCAUUGAAGAUAGCUUAGAUAAUAUUAUCAAUGGUAUUAAUAAGACUCUUUGCAGUAGUAAAGGCGAUUUAGAAGAACAAUUAGAAGAGUUGCGUGGUAUGAGUGAGGAGUUUAAAACAAAGGCAGAACAAUUGAUACAUUGGUCUCGUAUUUCACAUGCUUCGUUACGGUUGCGAUAUGAGUCGCCUUUGUGGGCCCGAGACCGUGCGGCACUACAGACAAGAAGGGAUACAUGCUUUUCACAAGCUUUGGCGACAUUGACGUCUGGUCUUUUGUGUUGGUUCAAUUCGGUGCCGAGCGAUAUUGUAUUCAAGCUGUUGUCAUCUGACCUAGGACCUUUAUGUGGAUUUGAGGGCUUGUUGAGUCUAUAUUCAACCGAGAAGGCGAUGUGGGGCGAUAUGGUGGUUGCCAUUGAAGAUCUGCAAACAGUUUUGUUUACUUUAACUAAAGCAAGCAGCAGCAUGUCUAUGCCUCAAUUGAAUGGAACAAGAGGUUGUUUAACAGUCAAUAUACCUGUUUCUGAAAGUCUGUACACAAGGUUCUCAAAAACUGAACACCUCAGUUUCACAGUAACUGCCGUAUUCUUUAACAUUGGUAUAAAUUGUAAAGCAUCGCUUGCUGAAGCUCUGGGUGAGACGACGCCGCAGUAUCAUUCGAACAACGAUAAUCUCGAUAGACUAAACAAGUAUUAUCACAAAUACAACAAAAUUUUUCCAGCUAAUUAUAUGGCUGCUACUAGAGCGUCAUCAAGGGUGAAACCUCUCGAAGAAGUCAUGGAGAAUUUAAAGAUAGCAGUACACAAGAAAGUGCCAAAAAAUGUGGACGUUUUGCAUCUUGCUGCGUUAGCAACAAGACUGAUGAAUGGUAUUCGUUUCACAUCCUGCAAAAGUGCCAAAGAUAGAACAGGGAUGUCGGUAACACUGGAACAGUGUAGUAUUCUUUCGUCAGAGUAUCAUUUAGCCGAACAUGAAAUGACUAAAGCAUUGAACAUUAUGAGAAGUGAAGGUUGCCGAAGAGAGAAUACAUACAAGAAUAUUGGUGUGAAGAAAUACGCUUUUACAAAAAAACAAGUAAAGGCCUUGCCAGAGAAGUAUCAACCCCCUGCAGGGACUUACGGUUCAUCACAGACUUGAAAAUAAGUCCAAAUGUUGUAAACAUAGAGAAUCUAAAUAAAAAAAAAACUAUUAAAUAUAUGUAUACUUGUUACAAAUCUAGCGAUCGUACUUUGGGCUAAUUCGGCCUGAGCAGCGGUUCACGAAUUACACAAAAUGGCUAUCACAUAUAGCUAUCAUUUGUCCAGCUGUCAUCUGUGAAAGAGAUGAGAGACAGUUUAAAAAUAAUAAUUUUCUAUAAAUUAUUACAAGAGUUUUGGUAUCGACUUAUAAUUGAAUAACAUGAAUUUCAAUGAAAAAGCAUGAAUGAAUGCAGUAGCACAGAUUUGCCCCCUCCAGUAUACGCGGAGCAGUCUGGGCAACCACUAUUAGGUACAGGCCCUAAUUGUGGAUGCCCAGGACACUUUCUCCAGGGCUACAUAGCCUGGUACCGUCCUGGAGUAGUCUUUUUUAGUCCGUUCUGCCAUUUGUAUUUGGGAGGGGGAGGUGUAGGCCUCCGGAUUCCCCACUCAUCAGACGAAACACAGCGGCAUAGCCGCUAUUUCACGCGGGUUCAAGUGGGAGAGUGGUAUAUCUCCGGGCGUGUCGGCCCAAUUCGGUUUGUCCGUGAGGAGCCAACAUGGCACUACUCCUAAAACUUGGCUGAGUGUAAUAAAACGUGAACUUGACCUUUGCAUUGGUCUGGCUUACUUAAGCUCAGCAUAAUUUCAGCUGUCAAAUAAUAAAAAAAUAAAAUCAAAGAUUAUGCUAUAUUAUUAUUAUUAUUAUUAUAUAAAUAAGUGAAGUCUGAGCAAAUUCUAAGUACGCUCUAUAGAUCGCAGCCUCAUUGGUGUAAGGUCACUCCUUAGCUUUCACUUGUUUUGAACAAACCCUAGCAUUCUAAAUGUGUGUUAUUAUUACAAACGCUUAGCAAAGACUAAGAGCGUAGACUACACCUGGCUACAACACAUGUUACAACCAAUCAAGGUGAAACAUCUUCUGUAGUACGUAGUACUAUCGACAAAAUUGAAUCAUGGCCCACCUUAAUGUGAUUUUCCUGCAGUCAAAAUAAACAAUAAGGUCAAAAUUCGCUUAAACAUACAUUUCAUAAGUGUCUUAUCAUUUUGUUACACUCAUGACAGUCCACCAAUUGUACUACAAUCUUUUUCGUGUUAAUAUAAACCUAACUCUAUUAAUGAUUUUUAAAGAAUUAUCAACAAUAUGGGUCAUCAAUCAUUUUUGUCGAACCAUCGCCGGGUGUUCCUUCAAACCACGGGCCUCUCAAAACGAGCCCUAAGUCUACACAGUAAAAAAAUAUAGCAACUGACUAUAAGUAAUAUUAUAUACUUUCUGUUACUCAUUAUAACAUUUGGUGCAUUGGGGACUACGUGACCAUAGUACAUAAUAUUAAAUAAUUGUUUAUGUAUUUGUAUUCUAUUACUUUAUUUGACGUACUUAGUAAAUCAUUUCCGAAUACCUAUGUGAAAUUGUAAUUUUUUAUAUGUCUAUACAGUUAGUAGGUAAGAUUAGUCAAAAUGACAUGCCAUUUAAAAAUAAUUUAAAUUUAAAUGUUACAUUUCUAUGUACUUAUUAUUGUUGUGGUUUUUGUAAGUUAAUUAUAAUUGUGUUUUUUUUUCAUUUUACGUCCAUUUGUUUUUUAUUAUAAUUUUUUUAAAUAUAUAUAAUAUAAUUUCAUGACGUAAAUUAUUCUCUCUGUAUUAGUGUCGUGCCUUUCUCUAUAAUGUUUUGAUUUAUAAAUUAGUAUCCACGCUGUUGUCAAAGAGGCGUUAUAAUGACUUAAUUUUUUGAUUUGCUUUUGGUGUUUUUUUUUUUAAAUAAACAUGUUCUUUUUAAUAAAAGACAAUCAGUGAUUAUUCAUAAAGCCAAAUUAUAUGCAACACAUCAAUGUUUGAGUGAGCAGGACUUGUGUAUUUGAAAUUUGACGUUUUAUACUUCUUUCGUGUCCAUAUUGUUGGUAAAAGUUCAAAUACGUUUAGUUCUUAAUUAUGGGAAUUUGGAAACUUCAGAUAUACAAAAUAUUAAUGAAGAGGCUUGUCCCACUCGUGUAGAAAAUUUUCUAACGCCAACGAUAGUGGAAAAUGUUAGGAGUUAUCAACAAAACACAAGCAGAAGUUUGAUGUUAUGAGAUUUUGGGGUUAUUUUUCGGCACUGCCAGAUUGCAAUAAAAACUGUUUGAAGUCAAACGUUCUUUUAUAAUUUAUAAAAACAUUAACAUAUUGAAUAGAGUCUGGCUAACGAAACUAAUUACUGUAAUUAUUGACAAACUUAUGACAUAGAUUCUAGAGACAUUAGAGAUGUCUAAUGCAACGUUACGAACAAUUAAUAUGUCGCGAUUGUUUAUUAUGACCAUUUUGUUUUGAGACUUUGUUCGAGUACGUAUUAUUUUCUUUUUACCUUACAACAGUUUUAUUUUGGUUCAUAAUAAUGCUAUUUCACGCAUAUUUAAAAGAAUUUUAUUCAUUUAGAAUUAAAUUAUGUCCAUCCUUUAUCAGUCAUCGUCUUUACACAUAUGCAAUCACUUUAUACCUUUAUUAUUACCCAGAAAAAAAGCGAAUUUCAAAUCACCGAUUUUCAUUAUGCCGAAUGGUUCAGAAUUACUAAUAUAACAACUCAAAUUUAAAUCAUAGGCAUUAUAAUUAUUACAAAAUACCGCCUUUGAAAAACGGAACAUCGAAAUUCGAAAUAUAUUUUUUGGAGUAUUUUGCUGUUUUCAAAAUUGGCAGUAUCAACUUCGUGUAUUCAGUCUAUAGCCAGUGUUAUUAGUAUUCAGUAGCAUAUUUUUUUGAUUUGCCGCCGUUUCUUAGGGCCAGAUUUCAUUAGCCAGUCUCUUUCUACUUAAAAAUAUUCUUAUUAAAUAUUAUACUUACAUAAUAUGUGUUAUAUGUUAAUUAUAAGUACAAUUUUUAAUUAUGUUACGUUAUUUAGCGUUCUGUUGUGAUUACUGUUAAUGUCUGGUAUUUUUUAUUGUAAUUUUCGAUAUUAUGCUUUAGUGGAUAAGUUCAUGAAAGCUUUAUUUUUUUAAAUGAUGGCACCGAGAUGAAAUAUUGUGGGUCGAUUGUAACUGUGAUAGCUUGUACUUAUUCUAAGUCCAUUAAAACUGCUUAUAUAUAAAAAUUGCCACCAUAAAGCUGAUGUAACAUUUUUAUCUAUCAUCGAAAAUCAUCGUCAGCCGGAAGACGUCUACUGCUGGACAAACGCCUCUCCCAAGAUCUCGAGUAUCGGUCUUGCGCUGCUCUCAUUUAACAUAUUCCGGCGAUCCUGACCAGAUCGUCCAUCUUGUGGGGGCCUACCAACACAGCGUCUUCCGGUACGUGGUUGCCAUUCAAAGACUUUACUGCCCCACCCGGUGUCCCACAGUUUCGCAUUCAUUUGGGCAAUGUCGGUGAUGUUUCUCCUACGGAACUCCUGUUUCUGCUUCAGUCUCGCAGUUCGCAUUCGUUUACUCGUAUCAUCGUGCAUGUUUUAUAAAAAUCUGGUCCUAUACAAUCAGACAUUGUCUUUUAGCUGCAAUAAUCAGCGGUGAGGGUGUCCAAUGACUAAUUGACGAUUAUUUUCUAAAUGUUCAUUUUGACGUUAUGAAAUCUCGAUGAAAUUUAGUAGUUGUUAUCUUAUAUCAGCUGUGAGAUUUCUUGCUUUGAUUGCUAAUAUAUCGCACACGAUGUGCGUACGGUACAUUCCGAUAUGAUUUGGGUCUGAUUCUGGUUUGCUUAAAGUUAGACGAUCAAUAUUAUCCACGGUUUUCAUUAAACUAAAUAAUACGAGUAUUGGUUAUUCUCAGUGGCCCGUUAUUUUUGCAUACCGAUGUUUAAGAUUAUAUUUAUAAGUUAAAAUGUUAUAUUUAGUUUGAACUGAUCGCAAUAAUUUUUUGUGUUGUUUUAUUACGUAUAAAAUUCAAGAAGCUGUUUUCUCCUUUAUUGAAAUGUCGAGUUUUACUGUUUGAGACAGAAAUUACUUAACAUAUAUUAAUAAUCAAAUGAAGCAUUUAUUAUAUAAAUAAGUUGUUAAGUCGGAAAUUAAAAAAAAAUGUGUUCUAAUGUUACACUGCUCGUUGUUCCCGAUAUAAAUCACGAAUAUAAUAUGUGACUGCUCUUACAUUCAUUCAUCAUUAACGUAGAACUGACUUCCAUAAAGUCAUAUUGAGAGUGCAUUUAAUACAUCAUAAGCCACUCGGGCAUCGAAUGAGUGACAUAAGUAUAGAAUUCGUAUUUAAUUGCUCUGUAUCAAGAUAGUGUAAUGUAGGUAUCAUAUGCUGGUUCAUAUGAUGAUAAAACACAAUAUAGUAGCAUAAUAUAACACGUCACUUACGCACCUUAUAUAGCUGCAUCCAUUUUAUUAGAGGUACUUAAAACGAAGAAAAUAUUAUAAUUUCGUAUUUGUUUAUUUGUGUAGUUGUUCGCUGAGAGUUGAUGAAUAUUAUUAUUUUUUUUGAUAUGGAAAAGGAGGACAAAAGGGUACUGGUCACCUCGUGUUAAGUGAUCUGCGCCGCCCAUAUUCUCCUGCAACACCUGAGAAUCUCAGGAGCUUUUCCGGCCUUUAAUAAAAGUAUACGCGCUUUGUUUUCAAAGGUGUCCUUUGAAACAGCGCACAAGGAAGCUCAAGCCGCAGCUUGAUUGUAAGUGGAAGAAAGUUCCUUGAAAACCACACUGUGGAGGAACGCCACACAUCCAGAUGGUGGGGAUGAUAUCCUAAUUUGUGGCAUGUCGUACGAAGGUGGAACUCGGCAUUAUGAAACGUCACGAAUUCGGUUGUCGCGUAAUUAUCACAAUUAUCAAUCAGAGUUUUUGUAGUAAAAAAAUUAAUCUUAACUUGGCGAACAUAAUUUUGUCUUUUAUAGUUAAUAAUAUAUAAAUGUUUGUCAUAUAAUAGACCUUAUACAGUAAGAUAAUUGCAACGCCCCACUAUAGUCUAACAGCACUAUAGUAGAUUUUAUUAGAAGUAGAAUACUUGCAAAUACGUUGAAAAGACGACAAAAUAUUUUUAAUAACAAAUUAGCCAUUGAAAAUAGUUUUCUUUUUUAUAACUACUGAAGCCGCAGUUUUAGUUGAGCACUUAAUAAAGGUAGGUAAUUUAUUCUAUUCUAUCUAGAUACUUUUUUCAUUAUGCUUGCAAGGAUCGUACGAUUUGAGUAAUGUCAUGUAGGGAAUUAUGACAGUUCGUGAUAGCGUAACAAAGGAAAAGUAAUUCUAUUUAUAUUUGUAAUCAACACCCUUAUCAUAGAUUUACGUUUCAAUUAAUCCAGCUUUACCUGUAUUGUGCCAAAACAUGUUUCCACUUCUCAUAAUAUUUUUCGAUGUAUAUUCAAAAGCAAAAGUAAUUAAAUGUUGUUUUAUUUUGUGCGAGUUAUAUGAGGUGUAUGUUUAGUAGUGUUAACAAUUAAGUCUUCCAUAGCACGAAAUAAGUCUUUUAUUAUUUCAUAUUCUGUGUUCAGUUAUGUGAUCCUAAAAUUGCCACGUUGAGGUUUGUAAGGGUGAUGUUUUUAAAUAAAAGGAGAAAGAAUUAAAUGCCUUAAGCCCAUCUUCAAUUUAGGCUAAUUUUGUUCUUCUGUUACGUCACCUUAAAGGCGUGGGAAAUCGUCAUAUCUCUGCAAAAUGAUUUUAUUGUAAUAGUUGUAAUAGCCAUCACAUUAAAUUGAAUACCUAUUGUUUAUAUUGUCUGGCACCGUAUUUCCCAUGGUAGUACAUGUUUAUUGACACUUAUCUUAUCAUUCCUUAGUAUAUUUGAAUUUGUUGAUAACGAUAAAAGAAAUGAUAAGCCAGAUACAGUGGUAUUCAUUUAUGAUGGUCAUUCUCUUAUAAGUAUCAUCUCCAAACUUGUAGAAAUGUUAAAUAUAUGAAUAUUAUCCAA